GGUAACUCGAUCAGGCAAAGGUGCAGGCUCCCCUCCCUGCUGUGCUGAUGCCUGCUGCCGUCCUUCAGGUUUUAUCACGCUGUGAAUGAGUUUGACACCAUGACCGCUGAGGAUUCCACUGCAAGGAUGAGCAAUGAUUCCACUAAUGUGGCCACCACAAAAGUGCCUGAAGGCGUUGCCGGUGCCCCCAACGAGGCGGCUCUGCUGGCCCUCAUGGCCCGCACUGGGUACAGCAUGAUCCAGGAGAACGGGCAGCGCAAGUACGGAGGGCCUCCUCCCGGCUGGGAGGGCCUGCACCCGCCGCGGGGCUGCGAAGUCUUCGUGGGCAAAAUCCCCCGCGACGUCUACGAGGAUGAGCUGGUCCCUGUGUUCGAGUCUGUGGGCCGCAUCUACGAGAUGCGCCUGAUGAUGGACUUCGAUGGGAAGAACCGUGGCUACGCCUUCGUGAUGUACACCCAGAAGCACGAGGCGAAGCGCGCCGUCAGGGAGCUGAACAACUACGAAAUCCGCCCCGGCAGGCUGCUGGGCGUCUGCUGCAGCGUGGAUAACUGCCGGCUCUUCAUCGGAGGCAUUCCCAAGAUGAAGAAGAGAGAGGAGAUCCUGGAAGAGAUUGCCAAGGUGACAGAAGGCGUGCUGGAUGUCAUCGUGUACGCCAGCGCCGCAGACAAGAUGAAGAACCGAGGCUUUGCCUUUGUGGAGUAUGAAAGCCAUCGAGCAGCAGCCAUGGCCAGGAGAAAACUCAUGCCAGGAAGGAUCCAGCUGUGGGGACAUCAAAUUGCUGUUGACUGGGCAGAACCAGAGAUAGAUGUGGAUGAAGAUGUCAUGGAGACUGUUAAAAUCUUAUAUGUGAGGAAUUUAAUGAUUGAGACCACAGAGGACACCAUUAAAAAGGUGUUCGGUCAGUUUAACCCUGGCUGUGUGGAGAGAGUGAAAAAAAUCCGUGAUUACGCCUUUGUGCACUUUACAACCAGGGAAGAUGCCAUUCAUGCCAUGAACAACCUCAAUGGUGUUGAACUAGAGGGCUCGUGCCUGGAGGUUACCUUGGCCAAGCCUGUAGACAAGGAGCAGUACACUCGCUACCAGAAAGCAGCAAAAGGAGGGGCUGCAGCAACCUCCGAAGUAACGCAGCAGCCUAACUAUGUUUACUCUUGUGAUCCAUACACACUGGCAUACUAUGGAUAUCCAUACAAUGCCUUGAUCGGGCCCAACAGAGAUUACUUUGUGAAAGCAGGCAGCAUACGAGGCAGAGGGCGAGGCGCAGCUGGCAACAGAGCUCCGGGUCCCAGGGGCUCCUACCUGGGGGGAUACUCCGCCGGCCGUGGAAUCUACAGCAGGUACCAUGAAGGCAAAGGAAAGCAGCAGGAGAAAGGAUUCGAACUGGUUCCCAACUUGGAGUUACCUGCAGUCAAUCCAGUGGCCAUUAAGCCUGGUGCAGUGGCCAUCCCUGCCAUUGGUGCCCAGUACUCCAUGUUUCAGGCCGCACCACCAGCCAAGAUGAUGGAAGAUGGCAAAAUCCACACUGUUGAGCACAUCAUCAACCCCAUAGCUGUCCAGCAGGACCCAGCUAGUGCAGCAGCUGCCGCAGCGGCCGCAGCCGCAGCUGUAAUACCAGCUGUGUCAACACCUCCUCCCUUCCAGGGCCGCCCCAUCACGCCGGUGUACACCAUGACUCCCGGCGUGCAGCGCAUCCCUGCCGCCGGCAUUUACGGGACAAGUUACGUGCCCUUCGCGGCGCCCGCGGCGGCCACGGCCACAAUAGCCACGCUACAGAAGAACGCGGCCGCCGCCGCCGCCGCCUACGGGGGCUACGCCGGCUACAUCCCGCCGGCAUUCCCGGCCGCCGCCAUCCAGGUGCCCAUCCACGACGUCUACCCCACGUACUGACACUGUCGGCGGAGGAGGGUGCUGGCGAAACACACACUGAAGGAACACUUUACUAUUUAUGAAGAAAGAACUGUCCGCGAAAGAGUAAACAUUUGGGCUUGGUAAAACAAUGCAGAAAGUGAAGAAUGUCAUAGAAAAACGUGUUUGAAAUAUUUUCUAUGCUUGAAGUUUUCACUAACUUUUUUAGGCUAUUUUUAAAAAUUUAACAUGCCUGUAUUCAUACAUUUCCAAAGGACCUCGGUGCAUCCAGCCCACCACUGACAUGCAUUUAUAUGCACUGCAGUAGGGUUGCAUAGGGUCUUUUUUUUUUUAGCAGUUAUAUUUUCAAUAUAUUUGUGGUAUGAAGGUUUUUUUUAGUAAUUUCUGCACUCCAGAGAUGUCUAUUUUGUAGUGCCUUUAAUAAUAUAUCAGCUAUAUAUUAAAAAGCACACCUGAGCAGCUAGGGAAAGUUUUAACAAUAUAUUUUGAAGAGUAUAUUCAAUAUUUAAAUACAUACCUUAGUGUUUUGUUUUGUUUUUUGUUUUUUAAGAAGAAAACAACAAGUAUCUUAUUUAAAAAUUAUACUGGAAAGUGCAAUUUGAAAAAUGUGCAAGACCUCUGCAUUUUUUGCUGGCAUUAAUACAAUCUGCUCAUUCUCAUUUGAAAUCACAAGUAACUAAUAUUGCCUGUUUGGAAGAAAGAGAAAAGAAAAAAGCCUCCUCACACAUACCUCUUCACAGUGUGAUUUGCAGGCUUGUUUUCAGCUAAAGAAAGGCUCCAGGUUUUCCUUAGCAACUGGAUUUUCUAUUUAUUGAAGCUACUUGUAGUUGCAGCGCGUACAGAAGCAAGUAGCUGGCGUUUCACGUGAGGUGUCUUGACUUAGAUCUUCAUCCAGUAUAAAGCCAAGGCUUUUUCUCAAUGCUCUUCAUUUUAUUCUUUGAAGUAUAUGUUGUAGUGACUGAGAACACUUUGUGUUGCUGUUAGCAAGAGUAGCCACGCUCUCGCCAAGAGGAUGUGCAGCAUUACUUACUCGUUGCUCCAUCAUGCUCCAUGAGAAAUUCCAAAGGUACUAGGGGUGGUAGUGAUACUGGAAUUAGUGAAACAGGGCUAGCCUCCCUCCCAGCCUCCCUUCCACUCUUAAUUCCCCUUCUCCACAACUGGAGUUGUACAUGCACAUCAGGGGUGGGAGU